CAAAAGGCGUACAUUAGCUACCUACGCCACGCAAGAAAAAUCUCCGAUUAUGGCUACAACACCGUCGCCGCCGUCAAUGUUGCCGUCGGUGAAUUCGGGUCGCAUUCGGACCCUGAAAGAAGGUUCUGGAAAAACGGGUCCCGUCGUGUACUGGAUGUUCAGAGAUCAACGGUUGAAAGAUAAUUGGGCUCUCAUUCACGCCGUUCAUCAAGCUAACAAAGCCAAAGUUCCUGUUGCCGUUGUUUUCAAUCUUUUUGAUCAUUUUCUCGGUGCAAAGGCGCGUCAUUUAGGGUUUAUGCUUAAGGGUUUGCGUCAAUUGUGUCACCAACUGCAACAUUCUCUUCAUAUACCCUUUUUCUUAGUUCGGGGUGAGGCGGAGGAAACUGUAUCGAAAUUUGUUAGAGAAUGUGGAGCUUCACUUUUGGUGACAGAUAUGUCACCUUUAAGAGAAGUGAAGAAAUGCAAAGCUGAGAUUUGUGAGAGAGUAAGUGAUUUGGUUACUGUUCAUGAAGUUGAUGCUCACAACGUUGUGCCUCUUUGGGUUGCUUCUGAGAAGUUGGAGUAUAGUGCUAGAACAAUAAGGGGAAAGAUAAACAAAAAGCUUUCUGAUUAUCUUGUUGAUUUUCCUGAUGUCGAACCACCAAAUACAAAAUGGGUCAUCACUGAGGAUCAUGUCAUAGACUGGGAUGAUAUCAUUGCUCAAGUUUUAAGGAGUGGAUCUGAGGUUCCUGAAGUGGAUUGGUGCGAGCCUGGAGAAAUUGCUGCAAUGGAAGUAUUGAUGGGAAGUAAAAAUGGAUUCUUGACUAAAAGGUUGAGAAAUUAUUCUACAGAUCGCAACAACCCUUGUAAACCAACUGCACUUUCUGGUUUAUCUCCCUAUUUGCAUUUUGGACAGAUAUCUGCUCAAAGAUGUGCUUUAGAAGCUCGUAAGCUACGAGCUUCAUAUCCUCAGGCUGUUGACACUUUCUUGGAGGAGUUGAUUGUGCGGAGAGAACUUGCUGAUAACUUUUGCUACUAUCAGCCUCAUUAUGAUUCAAUACAAGGAGCAUGGGAGUGGGCUCGUAAAACCUUACUCGACCACGCCUCUGAUAAGCGACAACAUGUUUAUACAAGAGAGCAAUUGGAGAAGGCAAAAACUGCUGAUCCUCUUUGGAAUGCUUCUCAAUUGGAGAUGGUUCACUAUGGGAAAAUGCACGGUUUUAUGCGAAUGUAUUGGGCGAAGAAGAUACUUGAAUGGACAAGAGGACCUGAAGAAGCACUUGAGAUAUGUAUAUAUUUAAAUGAUAAGUAUGAAAUGGAUGGGAGGGAUCCAAGUGGUUAUAAUGGCUGCAUGUGGUCUAUAUGUGGGGUACAUGAUCAGGGGUGGCGAGAGCGUCCCAUUUUUGGGAAAAUUCGAUACAUGAAUUACGAAGGGUGCAAAAGAAAAUUUGAUGUUGACAGAUACAUUGCAUAUGUUAAUAAAAUAGUUGGUGAGCUCAGAAAGAGAAAAGCGGAAAAUUUGCUGUCUGAAAAGGAGAAAGUACGCCGCUGUUGUAAUCCUGAGGACUGAAGAACAUGUACUUGUUUUCUAGACAUCUUUUUUGUUUAGGGAUAAUGGCCUGGUAAUUUGCCAUUGUCUGGCUGAUGAUAUUUGAAGCAGGAAUAGGUUUAUGUUUUGCAUUACUUGCACUAAUAUUUUUUUGUUUAGGUAUAGUAGCCUUGUAAUUUGCCAUUGUUUGGCUGGAUGAUAUUUGAAGUAGGAAUAGGUCUAUGUUGAGUACAAUGUUUUGCAUCAGUUGCACGCCUUGCAGUUCAAGGACAAAACUGAGAUUGAUUGUAGUACUCCAGCUCGAAAGAGUUAGUCACAUUGACAUUAAAAAGAGGAUACGCAACUGUUCAGUGCUUGUUUAUUUUCAAGACAGAAGCAAUCAAAACUAUUAUGAAA